GCCAAAUCGUGAAAUGAAUGACGCAUUUAAUCGAUAAUUGGAACGGGAACGUGAAUAUGAUCACCACGAAUUAGAUUUAGUAGUUCAAACGAAUGUACCCCUGUUGAAUUCCCAACAAAAGAAAGUUUAUGAUACUUUAAUGAAGGCAAUCGAUGAUGGAAAUGGUGGUUUAUAUAUCCUAGAUGCCCCUUGUUGAACAGGUAAGACAUUCCUCAUGUCAAUAGAUUCAGCCACUGUUCGUGCGAGAUCCAACAUAGCGGUUGCAGUUGCAUUCAGCAUCAAAAUUACCGUUAAAUCUUCAAACUAUUGAAGAACCAACGUUUAAUAUAGCAAAAAACUCAGCAAUUGCCAAAGUUUUAUUGGCAUCGAAAAUCAUUAUCUGGGACGAAAGUAUAAUGGCGCAUAAACGUGCAUUAGAAGCACUUAACCGAAUAUUGAAAGAUUUACGCAAUGACCCGAGAUGUUUUGGAGGAGCAAUGGUUUUUACUAUCUGGAGAUUUCCGCUACCAGUUCCAAGAUCUACGGCUGCCGACGAAAUAAACGCUUGCCUCAAAUCGUCGAAUCUAUGGCGCUAUGUGAAGAAACUGCAGCUGACAACAAACAUUCUGCUACUCUCAUGUUUGUUGUCAGAGAUGCUUAAUGAUGCAUCUGCUGAAGAUUUCUCUGAGCAAUUGCUGACUAUCGGUAAUAGUCAAGUACCUGUCGAUGAAUCGAACGGAUUGAUAUCAUUUCCAAAUAAUUUCUAUAAUUUUGUCUCAUCAAAAAACGAACUUAUCCACAACAUAUUUCCAAACAUCAUUUCUAACUACAAAAAUAAUGAAUGGUUGAGUGAGCGAUCAAUUUUAGCUGCUAAGAAUAAAAAUGUAGAUGGCCUGAACUACAUAAUUCAAAAUAAGAUCAUUGGAACAACGCAUUCAUUUAAAUCUAUUGACUUCGUUACAAAUGAAGAUGAAGCCAUCAACUAUCCAAUUGAAUUUUUAAAAUCCUUGGAUGUGCCUGGCUUACUACCGCACAAUUUACGCCUAAAGGUUGGCUCCGUAGUAAUCAUGCUUCGAAACAUAAACCAACCAAAACUGUGCAACGGUACGCGUUUGGUGGUUAGAAAAUUGAUGAACAAUGUAAUUUACGCGACGAUACUGAAAGGAAAAUUCAAAGGUGGGGAAGUUCUCAUUCCGAGGAUCUCGAUGAUCCCAACCGAUAUGCCGUUGGAAUUUAAAAGACUUCAAUUUCCGAUCCUUCUUGCAUUUGCCAUGACCAUCAACAAAUCACAAGGCCAAUCCUUAAAAGUUUGUGGUUUGAAUCUAGAACAUCCAUGUUUUUCCCAUGGUCAAUUAUAUGUGGCAUAUUCACGGGUCGGAAGAUCAUCUGCGUUGUUUGUUUUUGCGCCUGAUAAUAAAACAAAAAUGUCAUGUAUCACAAGUUACUUAAGGGAAGAGUAACCUAGUACUAAAAUAC